GCAGCCUCCGGAGCUUUAGGGCGGGGCGACACCGCGCAGCAGCAGCAGCAGCAGAAACAGCAGCUCCAUCUCUGCUCCGACACCGACCUCCUGCUCGUCUCCAGGCCGCGGCAUGGAGCCCGGAGCCCGGCCUGUUUCCUCUGGGUCACCGCGGAGCCGCGCUGUGUGUGGAUGCUCGUGCUGAUGAGGAUGGAGCUGAUGAAGAUGACGAUUAAGAUGAAGAAGAAGAGUAGUAGUGAACAAAGCGCAGAGUGUGAGUGAAUGUGAUGCAGCAGAAAAAGACUCGCCAUUGUUUGGAUGCGCAGCAGACUGAGAGGAGGAGGAGGAGGGGGAGGAGGAGGAGGAGGGGGAGGCCGACGCUCAGCAUGCUAUCCCCGGCCCCGCUACUGCUGCUCAGCGCGGCCCUGCUCUGCUGCGUCCAGACGUCAUCGUCCUUCCUCGUGUCUCUCAGCGACGGCGGUUUGAUCACCGCGUCUCUGGAGCGCUCCGACCUGCAGGACAACGUCACAGCGUACGGCGCUCAGCUCUCAGGAGAACCUCGACUCAUCAGGGUGGAGUUCGCGAACACGAGCAAGCCGCUGCUCAUCAACACGUCCUUUCAUGGUCUGUGUUACAGCGUGGGACUGGUCCUGAGACGAGGACAGACGUGGUCCAGGCCCACAAAGACUGUACCUGUCCUAACAAAGCCACUUCCUGUCGUCAGUGUCCAGAUCUCAGACUAUAAAGAGUCUCCAGAGACGGGUGUCGUGUUUGAGAUGGAGUCUCCGACAGGAAACGUCUUCAGCAGAGUCAACAUCAGCUUCACUGAAGGACAAGAGCGACGAUGGAUGCUCUACAAAGAUUUCUUCAAAGGGAAGACAGUUUUUAAACACUGGUUACCGGGCGUCUGUUACCGGAACAUCACGUUCCAGCUGAUCUCCGAGGCGACCGUGUUCCAGACGCCGCUGGUGACGCACAGUGACAUCACACAUUCACCUGUGAACCACAGGACAGUGCCCCUCCCCCCUCUCAACAUUUCCCAUAAAAUCGUCCACCUGAGCCAGAGGGCGGAGCCAGAUGAAGCGUCCGACAUCAGUCCUCCUGAUGGGAACCAGGAAAGUGGGCGUGCUUUUCGUCACGCCCGGGACGUCCCUCUGAUGGAAGAGCAGGAGGAGGAGACCACAUCAGAGGAGGCGGUGGGCGUGUCCACUCAGGUUCCCUUUAAUGUGUCAGGAACCUCCCCCGUCUUCCUGAACGGCAACCACACGAUGGAGGCAGAGUCUCGGCGUUACUGGCUGGAUCCGACUGAGACGACUCCCGCCGACGCGGCGGACGAGGAGUUCGUCAACGCCGUGGUGUCGGAGUAUGAAGACUCCAACGAGCCGGGGUCGGCCAUGGGCGUGCCCUCUGACACCGCCGUCCUGCCCACCAAGCUGCCGCCCGUUUUGCUGGAGCUGCGCUGGCUGCCACCGAGACCGCCCACCAGCUACGAUGGCUUCAACGUCUACAUCUACAAAGACGGUAACUCCACAGAGACGGCCACUGUGGACGAAAACACUCACGAGUUUUUCACCGAGCUCACAGAGUCGGGGACGUACCGCGUCCACGUGUCCACACUGAGCUUGGCCGGAGACUGCGAGACCAGGGAGAGCGUCUCCGACACCAGCUUCACCUUCUACCUCAGUCCCGGUGGCGAGCUGCUGGAGGAGCUGCAGGAGCGCCCUCAGGGCGUCAGCGUCCGUCUGCUGGACUCCAGCACGGCCGCCGUCUCCUGGACGUCGUCUUCCGAGGACCACAACGGCAGCGUGGUGUCGGUGGUUUCCACGACGUGUCUGAAGCCGAGUCUGAGUCAGAGGAUGGAGACGACCUUCUGUGGCGAGGAAAACACGACCAGUGACAUCAUCAGUAACCUGACGCCCGGCGCUCAGUACCGAGUGACCGUCUACCACACCAACGGUCCUCUGAUCAGUCCUCCGUCCGAGCCCGUCAUCAUCGACAUAGAGCCCACAGGCGUCCGGGAGCUCGCCGUUUACCCUCUGAGUCCGACGGCGGUGAUCCUGAGCUGGCAGCGUCCGUACCACGUGGCCUUCAGGAAGUACGUCCUGCAGACCUUCUUCUUCAACCCCGUCACGCUGGCGUCCGAGUGGACGACGUACUACGAGAUCGCCGCCACCGCCUCCAUCAUCGCCUCCGUGAGGGUGACUGACCUGCUGCCAGCCUGGUAUUAUAACUUCCGUGUUUCCAUGGUAACGUGGGGCGAUCCUCCGCUGAACUGCUGCGACAGCUCCACUGUGAGCUUCGUUACAGCUCCAGAGGCUCCUCACGUCUCGUCUGUAGAUUACUCUCACGGCGUUCUGUACGUGCGCUGGACGUACGGCGAGCUGUUCAUCGACCUGUCUCACUCCAGGAUGAUGCACUGGCAGGUGGUCGCUGUCGGCAAGAAAGGACCAGAGAAGAUCUACUCUGUGGACGUGACCCGGAACAUGAUGAGGGCGAGUCUUCCUCUUCCUCCUGGAGACAUUUAUAAUCUGACAGUGACGGCGUUUACUGAACGAAGCAGGAACACGUCGUCACCGAGGAUCAUCAAGCUGGAACCGGCUCCGCCCACGUCGCUGUUCGCCGUCAACGCCACGCACUCGUCCGUGACGCUGCUGUGGAGCGAGGAGGGCGUGGUCGACUAUUACCAGGUCACGUGUCGUGCAAGCAGAGCGGGGAAAGAGCUGAAGACGCGUGAACCUCAGACGGUGACCUCGCACGUCGUGACCAUCGGCGGUUUGGCGCCGUCGUCCAAGUACAACUGCAGCGUCACCAGCUUCAGCUACAGCACGCCGAGCCGCGCCGCUCACAUCAGCAUCAGCACUGUGGCUAAAGAGAUGAACCCCAGCGUGGCGGCCAUCUCGGCUCUGGCUGUCCUCAGCGUCCUGCUCGUCAGUCUGCUCGUCCUCUUCCUGCUCGUCCUGCGCAAGAAGCACAUGCAGAUGACCAGAGAAUGCGGAGCGGAAACUUUUGUCAACUUUGCGUCGUUUGAGAGAGACGGGAAACUUCCGUACAACUGGCGAAGAAGCCUCUUUGCCUUCCUUACCCUACUGCCAUCCUGCCUUUGGACUGACUAUCUUUUGGCUUUUUAUAUUAAUCCUUGGAGCAAGACAGCUUUAAAGAAACGGAAGCUAACAAGUCUGGUGCAGCUCGAUGACUUUGAUGCCUACUUCAAAGAAAUGGGCAAAGACUCGGCGUAUAAGUUCUCGCUGCAGUUUGAGGAGCUGAAAAGCGUCGGCCUGGAUCUGUCCCACGACGCAGCAGAUCUGCCCGUCAACCGACCCAAGAACAGAUACACCAACAUCCUCCCAUACGACUUCAGUCGUGUCAAAUUGAUCUCGAUGCACAACGACGAAGGUUCCGAUUACAUCAAUGCUAACUACAUUCCCGGAUACAAACACGCUAAAGAAUACAUCGCCACUCAGGGUCCGCUUCCCGAAACUCGCAACGACUUCUGGAAGAUGGUCCUGCAACAGAAGUCUCCAAUCAUCGUUAUGCUAACGCAGUGUAACGAGCGUCGGAGGGUGAAGUGCGACCACUACUGGCCAUUUACGGACGAGCCCUUCAUGUACGGAGAGAUCAGCGUGGAGAUGCUCUCAGAAACCGAGUCUCCUGAGUGGAUCAUCAGGAAGUUCAGACUGGGAUACGCUGAUGAGAGUCAGGACGUCCUCCACCUGAACUACACCUCGUGGCCGGAUCACGGUGUGCCCACGGUGAACGCCAUCGAGAGCAUCCUGCAGUUUGUCCAUAUCGUCCGUCAACAAGCGAAUAGGACCAAAGACCCGAUCAUUGUCCACUGCAGUGCUGGAGUGGGCAGGACCGGGACCUUCAUCGCUCUGGAUCGUCUCAUGCAGCACAUCAGAGAACACGAGUUCGCAGACAUCCUGGGGAUGGUUUCCGAGAUGAGGUCACACCGUCUGUCCAUGGUCCAGACUGAGGAACAAUACGUGUUCAUCCAUCAGUGCGUCCUGUUGAUGUGGCAGAAGAAGAAGCAGCAUUCCAUCACCUCGGACGUCAUCUACGAGAACGCCAGCAAGACAUAAUGACACGCCGUGGACACGUCCACUCUCCAUAGAUAGCUUCAGGCAUCCAUUCUCUGCCGA